AUGGUGCAUGAAUUUGAAGGUGUAUUGUCAAGAUUCGGUAAAAUGAAAACAAUCGGUAUCUUAAUAGUUCUAUCAAAGAAUAAUUUUAUUAAGAAAUUAUUAGAUAGAGUGGAAUUGUCUGAAUUCAAUCUUAUCCUUACAGAUGAACAGUAUUUGAGAUUAGAUCUGAUUCAAUUUGUUAAGAGUAAACGAAUUGAAUCAACUCAAUAUAAUGAAGA